GCCAGCGGGCCCUAAGGCGGGGCCAGGCCCGGGCGCCCGUAGCCCGACAGGAUCCCUCGGCCCGCGCCCCUCUACCGCGCCCAGCGCCCCACGCCCGCACCUGCGUCGCUGCCACCAUGGGCGCUUGCCUGGGCGCCUGCUCCCUGCUCAGCUGCGCGUCCUGCCUCUGCGGUUCUGCCCCCUGUAUCCUAUGUGGCUGCUGCCCCUCCAGCCGAAACUCCACCGUCAGCCGGCUCAUCUUCACGGCCUUCCUCUUCCUGGGGGUGCUGGUAUCCAUCAUCAUGCUGAGUCCUGGAGUGGAAAGUCAGCUCCACAACCUGCCCUGGGUGUGUGAGGAGGGGGCCGGGAACCCUGUCGUCCUGCGGAGCCACAUUGACUGUGGCUCCCUGCUCGGCCACCGUGCUGUCUACCGCAUGUGCUUUGCUACGGCAGCCUUCUUCUUCCUCUUCACCCUGCUCAUGAUCUGCGUGCGCAGCAGCCGGGACCCCAGGGCUGCCAUCCAGAAUGGAUUUUGGUUCUUUAAGUUCCUGGUCUUCGUGGGCAUCACUGUGGGCGCCUUCUACAUCCCCAAUGGCUCCUUUCCCAGCAUCUGGUUCUACUUUGGCGUCGUGGGAUCCUUCCUCUUCAUCCUCAUCCAGCUCGUGCUGGUCGUCGACUUUGCACACUCCUGGAACCAGUGGUGGCUGGGAAAGGCCGAGGAGCGUGACUCCCGUGCCUGGUAUGCAGGCCUCUUCUUCUUCACCCUCCUCUUCUAUUCGCUGUCUAUGGCGGCCGUGACCCUGUUCUUCGUCUACUACACUCAGCCAAGCGCCUGCUAUGAGGGCAAGGUCUUCAUCAGCCUCAACCUCAUUCUCUGUGUCUGUGUCUCCAUCAUUGCCGUCCUGCCCAAAAUCCAGGAGGCCCAGCCCAACUCAGGUCUGCUGCAGGCCUCGGCCGUCACACUCUACACCAUGUUUGUCACCUGGUUGGCCCUGUCCAAUGUCCCCGACCAGGAAUGCAACCCCCACCUGCUGACCCACCUUAACGGGACAGUCCUGGCAGGCGCCGAGGGCUAUGUGACCCAGUGGUGGGAUGCACCGAGCAUCGUGGGUCUCAUCAUCUUCAUUCUGUGCACCUUCUUCAUCAGUCUGCGCUCUUCGGACCACCGGCAGGUGAACAGCCUGAUGCAGACAGAGGAGUGCCCUCCCGUCCUGGAGGCCUCGCAGCAGCAGCAGGUGGAGGCCGGUGAGGGCCGGGCCUUUGACAACGAGCAGGACGGCGUCACCUACAGCUACUCCUUUUUCCACUUCUGCCUGGUGCUCGCCUCCCUGCACAUCAUGAUGACGCUCACCAACUGGUACAGACCCGGUGAGACCCAGAAGAUGGUCAGCACCUGGACCGCUGUGUGGGUGAAGAUCUGUGCCAGCUGGGCGGGGCUGCUUCUCUACCUGUGGACCCUGGUAGCCCCCCUCCUCCUGCCUAACCGGGACUUCAACUGAGGCAGUCCCUUCCAGCCGCCCACCUGGUGCCUCAGGGCUUAGCCAGCCAUGCUGAGCCCCCGCCCUACCUCCAGUACUUGCCCCGGGGCUGGGUACCUCAUUCUUAGUGCCUUCAGGGAUGAGGAGCAUCAGGCCUAUGCCUGAGCCCCACCCUCAGCUGUCCCAGACCGCUGGGCUUCGUCUUCAUUCUCCUUGUGCCAGGUCACCCAUACUCACCUUCUCGGGGGGAAAAAGGCCCCGUUGUUCCCAGGCUCCCCAGGAGAGGGUCCUAAAGGAGAGACAUUCUCAGAGCUGCUCAGAGAGCUGGAGCUCUUACCAUGAUGAGGUGCCCAGCACUGAGGUACUGGUAUUCCUGACCACAGCCUCCUGGCGCCGUCCCUUUCCUGGACUCCGUGCCUUACAGAGUCUCUAAGACAUUGCCCAAUAAAGAAGCCAGAGCAUGUGUCUCCCA